AUGACUUUCCCAGGUCCUCCCUCCAAUCACUUCGCGCUUCCGAGCGUUGGCGUACCUGUUCCUGUCGAUUUUGAUCGAGCUCGACUCCGAGGAAAGCUCUGGUCCCGAUCCGGACAAAAAAUGUGGAUUUUAGGCCCUACAGCUGGGGGCCAAUCCGGACAAAAAGUGACAAAAUUCGAAACUGCCCAGAGCCAGAGUCCGGACAAAAUCGACGAGAUGUCAAAAAAAAAGCCUCCCAGCCGGUAUUUGGGCAUAGUUGUGGGACAUUUGUGGGGGGGAAAAUUACCCUGA